CGUGUCUGGGAAGCGGUGUUGGCUUGUUGCGAGCCACGGCUUUGCAGCCUUUUCCACUGCCGCGGCUCCUUUUCAGUGACUUUGGAGGGUUUCGGUCGGUGUAAGCGGCGGAGGAGGAGAGAGGUGGAAGACGAGGGAGCGAUGAAUGCCAGAGUCCGGACAGCGUCGCACGAUAAAGAAAUGGAGGAGGAGAAGAAGACCGAGCUGCAGGGGAACAGAAAGGAAGGAUUCAGCAGAUGCCAGUCUAGAAGACAAAAGAAGAUCGCUUUACAACAAGAUGUUGACAAGCUAAUGAAGAAGCUUAGACAAGAAGAGAACAUCCACAGAGCUUUGGAGAGGGCUUUCACCAGACCCUCGGGCGCACUUCCCCGACUUCCUCCAUAUCUCCCUUCACAUACACUUGAGCUUCUGGCCGAAGUAGCAGUCUUGGAAGAAGAAGUGGCUCGUCUUGAAGAACAGGUAGUGAAGUUUCGGCAAGGCCUUUAUCAGGAAGCUAUCUGCAUCUCAUCCUCCAAGCAAUCCAAGGAAGGUGAAUCAAAUUUGUUCUUGGAUGGUCGCCUCUUCGAAUGCUCCAAAACCAGCAAACCUUCAGGCAUGGAACGAUUUGGGCUUUCCUUCGACCACUCUGCCAACAUAAAAAACACACCGGAAAAACAGAGAUUUCCUUUAGCCUUUCAUGAAGAUAAGCGAGGCAAAGAGAAUCAAUGGAUCACUAACUUUAGUAGGAACAGCAAGAGAUCUCCGGUAAAGCAUGCUGAUGCACAGACAGAAUGUGCAGUGACUGAUAGAGAGAGAGACUAUGCUUCGGAUGAAGUGAUUCCAAACAAAUUAUCCGAGGAUAUCGUGAAGUGCCUGAUGAACAUUUUCUUGCGGAUGAGUUCAAAGAAGAUAGAAGAUGGCAUGGAGACAUCUCCUUCGACUUCAGCUUCUUGUGAAAGAUCUGUAGAGGAGGAUUUCCAAGAUCCUUAUGGUAUCUGUGCGGAAUUCGGGAAAAGGGACAUCGGUCCAUAUAAGAACUUUCGAUCGAUCGAAGUGAGUUGGAACCAUCAAAACCUUACGGCUUCAGCAUCUCUCAAGCGCAGGCUAAAAGUUUUACUCAGAAAGCUUGAAUCGGUUGACCUAUCAGAGCUCACACACCAGCAGAAGCUUGCUUUCUGGAUCAACAUCUAUAACUCAUGCAUGAUGAAUGCAUUUCUUGAGCAAGGCAUACCGACAAAUCCUGAGAUGAUUGCUGCAUUGAUGACAAAAGCAGUGAUAAAUGUGGGUGGCCACUUCCUCGGUGCAAUUACCAUAGAGCAUAUCAUAUUGAGGUUUCCAUAUUACUGGAAGAAUGUCUCUCCUAAAGAACCAAAAAAUGGUGCCAUGCCAAUAAGAGGCAUCUUUGGAUUGGAGUGGUGGGAACCUCUGGUUACCUUUGCUCUCUCAUGUGGCAGUUGGUCAUCCCCUGCUGUGAGAGUAUACACAGCAGCACAAGUGGAGAAUGAGUUGGAAACAGCCAAAAGGGAUUAUUUGCAAGCAGCUGUUGGUAUAUCCACACCAAACAAGUUGGCAAUUCCUAAGCUGCUUGAUUGGUACCUACUUGAUUUUGCCAAGGAUGUGUGGUCACUAAUGGACUGGAUCUGCUUGCAGCUACCAAGUGAGUUGAGGAGUGAAGCAGCUAAAUGCCUUGAGAUGGACAGGAGGAUUGUUCCACUGGCAAUUCAAGUUCUGAGAUAUGAAUUCAGCUUCAGAGCAUGAAGCAGGAGAAAAACGAAAAGAACUCCAACGGUUAACAAAAGUUCACCUUGAAGAUCAGAUAUCGCGAGCUGAACCAGACUGUGUAGCCAAGGCCAACAACUUCCAGCACCUUGGGGAACUGUUUAAAGAAAAAGCAUGUAUUGGCAUCAUUG